AAGUCAUUAACUAAUAUACCUAUGACCGGGUGACUCGUUUAAUGUCAUAACGAUAAGUGUUUGCUCGUGUUUAGUUUACUGAUAUAUUUAUUAGGAAAUGGACGCGCGAACGAUACUAUCCGUCGUAGUGGCGUUGACGAUGUUCGUUUUCGUCUGGGCACAAAAUGAGCAAGUUGAAACCACAAACACUACCAGUGAACCUGCCAAGGAAUGUCUGACAGCCAAGAACGUGUCCGGCGUGUGCGUGCAACGGAAUAGUUGUGACUAUAGCACGGCAGCCAUUGACCUCACGCUGUACGCACCACAUAACUAUACCAGACCCUGUGCGACAGCGGAGGUGUGCUGCCCGCAAGCCGCCAUCGUCCACGUGGAGCCCCCGAGCCACGCCACGUUCGACAGCGACGAAGAUGAUGAUAAUGAUGACUGACUCUUAUGAGAUCAAGGAAACACAUCAACUUCUUAGCGUCGUCCCAGCAUUUUGUCUCAGCUUACUUGUGGAGCCUUGGUUCUACUCAAUAAC